GGUGCGGGGGCGUGGCCUCUGGAGCCGGGUUCCGCGCGCCAGAGCCCGCUCGUCGCAUUGCGAGCCGGGCCGGGAGCGGGCGCCAUGGUGCUGCUGCACGUGCUGUUCGAGCAUGCGGUCGGCUACGCGCUGCUGGCGCUGAAGGAGGUGGAGGAGAUCAGCCUGCUGCUGCCGCAGGUGGAGGAGUGCGUGCUCAACCUGGGCAAGUUCCACAAUAUCGUUCGUCUCGUGGCCUUUUGUCCCUUUGCCUCGUCCCAGGUUGCCUUGGAAAAUGCCAACGCUGUGUCUGAAGGUGUUGUUCACGAGGACCUCCGCCUGCUCUUGGAGACUCACUUGCCGUCCAAAAAAAAGAAAGUACUCCUGGGUGUUGGGGACCCCAAGAUUGGUGCUGCUAUACAAGAGGAGUUAGGAUACAACUGCCAGACUGGAGGCGUGAUAGCUGAGAUCCUGCGAGGAGUUCGUCUGCACUUCCACAACCUGGUGAAGGGUCUGACAGAUCUGUCUGCUUGUAAAGCCCAACUGGGGCUGGGACACAGCUAUUCUCGUGCCAAAGUUAAGUUUAAUGUGAACCGGGUGGACAAUAUGAUUAUCCAGUCCAUUAGCCUUCUGGACCAGUUGGAUAAGGACAUCAAUACCUUCUCCAUGCGUGUCAGGGAGUGGUACGGGUAUCACUUUCCUGAGCUGGUGAAGAUCAUCAAUGACAAUGCCACAUACUGCCGCCUUGCUCAGUUCAUUGGAAACCGAAGGGAGCUGAAUGAAGAAAAGUUGGAGAAGCUGGAGGAGCUAACAAUGGAUGGGGCCAAAGCCAAGGCUAUUCUGGAUGCCUCGCGGUCCUCCAUGGGCAUGGACAUAUCAGCCAUCGAUUUGAUAAACAUCGAGAGCUUCUCCAGCCGUGUGGUGUCUUUGUCAGAGUACCGCCAGAGCCUACACACUUACCUGCGAUCCAAGAUGAGCCAAGUAGCCCCCAGCCUGUCAGCCCUAAUUGGGGAAGCGGUAGGUGCACGUCUCAUUGCUCAUGCUGGCAGCCUCACCAACCUGGCCAAGUAUCCAGCGUCCACAGUGCAGAUCCUUGGGGCUGAAAAGGCCCUGUUCAGAGCCCUGAAGACAAGGGGUAACACCCCAAAAUAUGGACUCAUUUUCCACUCUACCUUCAUUGGCCGAGCAGCUGCCAAGAACAAAGGCCGCAUCUCCCGAUAUCUGGCAAACAAAUGCAGUAUUGCCUCACGAAUUGAUUGCUUCUCUGAGGUCCCCACAAGUGUAUUUGGGGAGAAGCUUCGAGAACAAGUCGAGGAGCGGCUGUCCUUUUAUGAGACUGGAGAGAUUCCACGAAAGAAUCUGGAUGUCAUGAAGGAGGCAAUGGUUCAGGCAGAGGAAGCGGCUGCUGAGAUUACCAGGAAGCUGGAGAAACAGGAGAAGAAACGCUUGAAGAAGGAAAAGAAACGCCUGGCUGCAAUUGCUGCCCUUGCAUCUUCAGAAAACAGCAGCAGUACCCCGGAGGAGUGUGAGUGUUUCAGGGUCCCUUCUGGAACUUGGCAUGAUGAUUCUAUAGUGACCAGGAUGGAGACAAGUGAGAGACCCAAAAAGAAGAAAAAGCAAAAGCUCCAGGAGGCUCCUCAGGAGAAUGGAAUGGAAGACCCAUCUGUCUCUUUCUCCAAACCCAAGAAAAAGAAAUCUUUUUCCAAGGAGGAGCUGGUAACUAGUGAUCUUGAAGAGACAGCUGGCAGUGGGAGUCUUCCCAAGAGGAAGAAAUCUUCCCCCAAAGUGGAAACAGUUACUGACCCUGAAGAGGCAGGAAACAGGAGUGUCCCCAAGAAAAAGAGGAAAUUCUCUUCCAGAGAGGAGCCGCUCAGCAGUGGACCUGAAGAGGCUGCUGGCAGCAAGAGCAACAGCUCUAAAAAAAAGAAAAAGCUCCAAAAGCUAUCCCAGGAAGAUUAGAAUGGACAUUUCCUGCUGGGGCCUAACCCACAGGACAUUUUCCAACAACCUAACCCAUCCCUUAAACCCCAAUAAAAACAAAUUCAUAAAGAGUCGA